ACUAAAGCCGAUGCACAAUUCCAUUGUGCUUCUGCGAAGAGAACCUCGCAACGGAAGACACUUUCCACUAUUCACUUCCUAAGCCGUCCAAUACAUCCUUCUCCCCAUCUCUCUCUUUCUCUUUUAUCUGCCACCAAAUUCUCCAUUGAAGCUCCGUGGGAGCUCUCAAUCACCCAGCACAGAGAAGAUUCUUCUCUAUUAUCAAAAUUUUCCCUUUUCGGAAAUGGCUCAAAUGGUUUGUGGUUCUUGUCGUAGUUUGCUUUCGUAUCCAAAAGGAGCUAGAAAUGUUCAGUGUUCAAGUUGUCAAAUGGUCAACUUUGUAUUAGAAGCACAUGAGAUUGGGCAAGUUAAUUGUGGUGGAUGUGCAGUUUUGCUGAUGUAUCCAUAUGGAGCCUCAUCCGUUCGAUGUUCCUCCUGUCAUUUCAUAACAGAAAUUGGUGUUCACAACAGGAGGCCACCAUGGUCUGUAAUCCAAGGUUACCCUCCUCCAUCACCGAACCCUGUUCAGUGACCGGGCUUCACUGGGUUCUCAUCCUUAACGCUGCAAAUGGAAAUAUCUUUUGUCAUAAAUGCAAAUAUCUUUUGUCAUAAAUGCAAAGUAAAUUGUUUUUGUAGAUGAUAAAGUCCCUGGCCAGAACAUAAUCCAUCUGAGGUAACUUCUUUGGAUGUGCAUGAACUAAUGGACUAAUCGAUAAAAGUGAGGAUACUACUGGGUGAGCCAUUUUUGAACUCCUUAGGAAUGGGGCUGUCAUCUGUUUCUUAUCAAUUCCAUAUUUGUUAGAAUGGAAGCUAUGUAAUACUCUGCCUUUGGUUAAUUUUGAGCAAUAGAACAUAUUUAGGCCUUUUACAGAUUUUCUCACAAA